AUGGCUUCCAACACAGAGUCAGACAUCCCUUGGUUUCUCAAGUCGUCAUGUCCGGUUCUCUUCCCGUUCGACGAUGCUGUGAGAAAGCCUCAGGCCGAGUUCGAGGAGCAUAUUCGUCACGAGAUUGCCCAUCGCCACGAUGAAGCCGCCGCAGUUGAAGCCAGCCCAGAUAAGACUAUGACUGAUGCUGACCAGUCCGAGUCCUUCACUGUUGUUUCUACUUCAGCUGAGAUCCGUCAAGGCUUAGAUGCCAUGGACGUUUCUGGGGAUGCAGCACCAGACUCAAAGCCAACCGAAACCCAACCGGCUGAGACACAUCCAUUCAUGGAAGGUCUGAUUAACCACCAGAAAGAUGAGCAGAAGGCGGAGCCAUCAAGAGACCUCCAAGGCAUGAUGUUAACAGAAAACGGCGACUUGGCUUAUCGAAACAGCGAGGACGCCCUGGUGGAUCUCUUCCAUGAACUCGAGGAAGUGGUAUCUGGCCCGCGUCUUAAUGAACUCCUCUUUGCAGCCUGGAGAGAGAACCCCGUUGCCACCCUUAGAAUCAUCUUCAACUCCCGCUCUAUUCACCUGGGAAAGAGUUCACGAAUCACCUUCUACCGCUGUGCUGGCUGGCUGGCACAGAAUCAUCCUUUGACCCUGGUGGCCAAUUUGCGAUGGUUGACCCGCCCAGUUAUUGAGAAGAAGGUUAAGAAGGAAGAAGACGAUAUGGUUAUUGUUGAAGACGAGAACCAGGACGAAGCGGCCAAAUUUGAUGUUAAGAAUGGAGUUGCGCAUGGGUACUGGAAGGAUCUUCUCAACAUCCUUGCCCUUGCGGUCAACGACAAGCUUACUGCUCUCGAUAACCCUAGAGACAUUCUCAACAGCGAGAACCCUGGUAUCAUCCGAGGAAAGUAUAUCAAGCGCGGCAGUCGAGGUAGCCGUGGAGGUCGAGGUCGAGGUGGACGGGGUCGUGGACGAGGCUCUGGAGUCUUGAGUGGACGCAUCGAGUCAACUUCCGAUAUUGAAGAGAAGAAAGACAAGGUUCGUCGUGACCCCAAGGACGUCAAGAAGGAAACAAGGGCAAACCGGCACGAGACUGCGACAACCAUCUUCAAGAACGACCCGGUCUACCGCGCACUGCAUCUGAGCGUUGCCCGUCUAUUCGCUGAGCAGCUGGAGAAGGAUAUCCAAGCGGUUCGUGGAGAUGACAAGAAGGCCAAGCGUACCAUUUCGCUAUGUGGCAAAUGGGCUCCUUCACACGACCACUUCCACGACAGACAUACCUUUAUCGUCAGCACCAUUGCCGAAAUCAUGUAUCCCAGGUCUUCAAUCGACAACGAGAAGCUACAGCCUACCGACGACCACGAGACUUAUCUGCGAUUCGCUCGUGAAGAGUAUCGCAAGGAUGUAUCUGCUCUUCGAAAGUACCUUGAAAUCGUCGAACGUCCCAUCACAGACAACAAGUUCGAGGACAUCAAGUACGACCGAGUUCCAUCUCUCGCCAUGAACCAGUACAGCAAACUGUUUAUUGAAAAGGACGCCGAUCACUUCGACGAGUACCUUGACAAGGUUGCUGAAGGAAAGGCCAACAUCUCUGGAGCUACUCUUCUGCCGUCUACCUUGAUCCAGAAGGCACGUGGGGCCGCCUUUGGUGCCUCACGCCUGGAGCAGAAGAUUGCUCAGAUUGAAGGUAAAGUCCUUGAUGGACAGUGGAACACGCUAGUCCAGCGUAUCAAGGACUCUGGCACUAUGAACUCGAGUAUCGCUGUCUGUGACGUUUCCGGCAGCAUGGGGUCUCCUGUGUUCAGGGAUAAGACUACUCCCAUGGACUCAGCCAUAGGUCUGUCGCUUUUGGUCGCUGAGGUGGCUAAGCCUCCGUUUGCUGGCGCCUUCAUCACGUUCAGCUCUGUCCCAGCGGUCGAAACCGUCGACUUAUCCUCGACUUUGGAAGAGAAGAUUGAGGCCAUGAGUCGCUCUGACUGGGGUAUGAGUACUGAUUUCGUUGCUGUGUUUGAGAAGUUGAUUCUACCAAUGGCUAUCAAGAACAACCUCAAGAACGAGGACAUGAUCAAACGUGUCUUUGUCUUCAGUGACAUGCAGUUCAACAGCGCGAUCCCGUCAUAUCCUCCAGGUUAUUCUCCUCCCACGUGGUCUACUAAUCCUUACGCCGCAUUGGAUGAGGAUGAGCAGGAGCAUGAGACUAUAGACCGGCGCAGCUGGGGCACCUGGGGCACCUCCUAUGAACGUAUACAAAAGAUGUAUAAAGAAGCAGGUUACGACAUGCCAGAGCUGGUGUUUUGGAAUCUCGCUGGCGGAAGAGCAGGAUACGGGCAGACCGGCGGAGAUCCGAUUGCUCCCAAGCCUGUAAAGGCUGAUGAGAUUGGAACAAGUCUUGUCAGUGGAUACUCGCAGGGUCUUCUGAAGGUGUUUCUGGAUGGAGGUGGAUUCGAAGAGGAAGAGGAGGAGGAAGUGGUUAUUGAGAAGGAUGAGGAGGGCAAUGUCACGCAAAAGACUAAGAAGGUUGCGAUGACGCCUCUGAAGAUUGUACAAAAGGCGAUUAGCCAUCUGGCGUAUGAGAUGUUGAAGGUUGUUGAUUAG